CUUGUUUUGUCUGCUUACCCCCAGCGACAUACCGGCCCAUUUCCCUCGUACAAGCACUACCCCUGUACGACCAGCUCAACAAAGCAAACACUCGAUGCGCCCCAAACGUGACAUUGGGAGGCUAGUGUCAAGGGGCAACCCUGUCGGUGAACGCUGCCGUCAGACUGCGAAGUCGUCGGCACCUUUGCCUGACGUUGACCAAAGGUGCAGACGCGAAGAUUCCCACGGGACCCUGAUUCCAACAUUUCCAUGAUGCCAUGACAAUUUUACCUUUGCGAGCGUGACGGCGGGUGUUCCUUUUGCGUUAUUUCUUGCUGUGAUGGCCGUCCUGGCUGCCUCGCUUCCUCCUGGAGUCUCACCUCCGCUGACGGAAGAUAACGAUCAUAACCACAACGGGCUGAUUGUUAUCAUCACCUCAUUAUCACUCUUUCUAAUUCUCGCUUCGUUGGGGAUCAGAUUGUUCGCAUCGUCGAAAAGAGGUCUCCUCUUGAAGGACGACUACGUUCUCUUCGCUGUGGUCAUCUGCGCCUGCACGCAGGUUUCGCUCGUCCUCCUCCAGGUUCACUAUGGGUGGGGAAAGUCCGAGGAGCUGAUCCCAUCUAGGGACUUGAUACCUAUGGAAAAGGUGGGAUAUGCGACAGAUCUCUUCUAUGUCCUGGUCCUAGGGUUGUCAAAGAUCGGUACGAUUUUGUUCUAUCAGAACCUCUCUUUGCAACGCGCGAGAUGGAUGAUUAAUGUCAUCUUGUUAUCUUGUGCUGUAUGGACCAUUAUUGCCAUGCUACUGUUGGGCAUUCGAUGCAGUAGUCAUCCUUGGAGCGAUAUUGACAUGGACUGCGGCGGUCUCUUCCCCCGAUGGCAAGCUAUCUGCGCGUUGGACAUCAUCCUUGAGGCCAUGAUUUUAUCAUACCCAGCGAUAACGAUCCAAAACGUCCAAAUUUCUCUAAGCAAGAAACUGAAAGUGCUAUCGAUUCUCAGCUGUCGGAUCAUAUUGAUACCCCUCUCCGCCAUCCAUUUAUACUACAUUCACUCUCAGAUCUACUCAACCGACCCCUCGCUGAUCGGUACCUACGCUACCUCCGUUGCAGAGCUCCACCUCGGUCUCAGCAUCGUUCUCCUCACCGUCUCGUGCCUGAAGAUGUUCAUCGCAGUCUACGAGGAUGAUCAUGGCUUCGCAUACACAGAGGAUUCCUCCCAAUCACAGAGUCACAGCGGGCGCACGCCCCACAAAUCGUGGCGGUCGUCCAAACCGGUCAAAAACCUCAGCUCCUUUGGCAGUAACGAGGAAGAACCAAUCUUGCGGACGGAGGCAACAGUCACCGCGUCACCGGCGCGGCAUGAAGAGCAUCAGAGCAAUGCGAUACUGAAAAGCGUACGCAUAUCAGUGACACGGGAAAGUAUUGAGUUGGAUGAGAUGCAGGGGUCGUCUUCUGCUGGGAAGUCGAGGUCGGCAUGACUUCCUUCCUUGGUCAUUUUCUACAUCAUCAUCCCAGUUACUUUUGUUUGGAUAUACAGCCAUAUGACACUAAUCAGAUCACAAUCUUACACUUUACGCAUCCGUCGA